GAUAAAAUUAAAUAUGAAAGUUCUUCGAUGUAUCGACCCUCCAGAUCCAGUCAAGAAACAGUUAUAGUAAAUUAUUAUUAUUAUUAAAUAAAUAGCCUUUAUUUGGUUUGAACACCAAAACUAAACAGAGGCAUAGGAACGCAACAAAACAAUCAAUCGUGUUGCCCAGAAGAGUUUAUGCUGUUUGUUUUCAAUUCGCAUGGACUCAAAGCCCCAACCAUCAGCUUCAGGUAAUGGUCCUCCACCGAAGCCGUGGGAGGGGGCAGCAUCCUCAUCUGGGGCAGCACCUUUUAGGCCCCCAUCAGCAGGUAACACAAGUGAUGUGGUUGAGGCUUCAGGAACUGCAAAACCUGGGGAAAUAGUUUCUACUUCUGAUAGGAGUGCAACUAUCAAUAGGAAUACUCUUGGGAGGCCCCUUCCCACAAGGCCAUGGGAACAGAAUUAUGGAAAUACCAGCUAUGGAGGUUAUGGUUCCACAAUGAAUUAUAAUUCUGGAUAUGGAUCUGGAAUGUAUGGAUCCUAUGGUGGUGUAGGAGGGUCCUAUGGUGGAGGAAUGUAUGGUAACAGUCUGUACAGGGGAGGAUAUGGGGGCCUUUAUGGGUCAUCUGGGAUGUAUGGUGGUGGAAUGUAUAAUGGUGGCUUUGGCGGUCCAAUGGGUGGUUAUGGCAUGGGUGGUGAUCCUUAUGGAGCUCAAGAUCCCAAUAAUCCAUACGGUGCUCCUCCAUCGCCUCCAGGAUUUUGGAUUUCUUUUCUACGUGUGAUGCAAGGUGUGGUUAACUUUUUUGGCCGGAUUUCAAUUCUCAUAGAUCAGAACACACAGGCUUUCCAUAUGUUCAUGACUGCACUUCUUCAGCUUUUUGAUCGCUCUGGUUUAUUGUAUGGAGAGCUAGCUAGAUUUGUGUUACGGUUGCUUGGAAUUAGAACCAAGCCCAAGAAGAUUAACCACCCACCAAAUCCAAAUGGACUUCCACUACCUGCACCACACAAUGAGGACUAUAUUCAAGGAACAAAAGCUGCUCCAAGUGGUUCUUGGGAUAGGGUGUGGGAAAAUGACGCCAACAAAUGAUGUGGAUUUGUUUUGCUUAUAGAGUGAGUCCAAAUGUGAUAAAAGGAAUUGGGAAGCAGCUUUGGCAAUCCAAAUGAAGCUACUGAAGCUGCGAAAGUCAUGCAUAGGCUGGAACUUAAGUUCAGCAUGUUUUGCUAAGAUUGGUUUGUUUUACUGUAAAUGGCGUGUUCUUGUAAGAAACAAACUAGCAAUACAUGUACCUUUCUAGCAUUUACUCUGACUCGCGUUGGAUGCUGAUUCUAUAGAUGUAUUAUUUUGAAUUUCAAGUGCUACUUGCACGUGCUGUUCCUUUUCUGGGUACAAAUCCAUUUUGUUGUUGUUCGGAUAAACCAAUAGCAAAGACUUCACUUAAACUACUCAAUCUUCUUACCACUUGUUCUAGUAGCUUACGGUGGGAAAAACAAUUGAAUGGAAAAAAAAUAAAUCAUCUGCGUUGUCAUGUCCAAGGUUUCUUAAAAGGUACAAGAUGCUUCGGCAAUAUGCUACGAUGAGCUACUUGGAUGGAAGAUGAAAAUGAGAAAUUGCCACGUUUAUGGAUUGGUACUUCACUUGUGCUCCUCUUUUGAUAGAGAAUGCUGUAGUUUGGGGAUUGUAGGACUACUUUGUAAUUAUAUAUUUUUGGGAGAUUAGCUAGUAAUAAAAAGGAGUGAACAUAAAUAUAAUAAACCUGUAAUAAUAGGGUAUAUUCUUGCUGCACCACUACACAAGCUCAAGUUGUGCGCCGUAAAGGCAGCCACCCUUCAAAACAACAAUAUGAAAGAAAAAAGCAAGUGUGAAGAGAAUUAUAUCUUACAGGCAUAUCAGGUAGGACCAAAAAUACAUGGUGGCUAGCAAAACCUAUGAUUAAGAUCAAACAAAGUUGAAGGGAAAAAAGACUACCGAGGGUGAAAAGACAGUCCUUGGAAAAAAACAAUGAUGAAAUGGUAAAUAAACAAAAAUCAUUUUCUUUCAAAAUUUGCUGGCAGAGGAAAAUACUACAAAUUCCUGCUUCUCCACGGUACUCC